UUUAAGUUACAUAAGAACUGUGAUAAGAACAUGUGAGACUUAAAUUUUUUUAUAUUUUUUCAAAAAAUCCAGUUUGUUUAACUUCACUCUUAAAAAAAACACAUGCGACCCUAAAGGGGUUCAUUGCUUUUAUUUUUUUCCUCUGGUAAAAAACCAUCAAAAAUAUGUCAUGCAUCUGAUGUAUCGUAUUUUUUCUUGCAUCACAAAUUUAAACACAUAGGAUAAACAAGAAUCAAGAUAACACCUUAUCUAAACAAUGCAAAUUGGCCUCGUGAUCCUCCGACAUAAAUUUCAAAACCAUCUCAAAAAUCACAGUGCCGCCAACUCGUCCACAGCAUGAGUCUAACAAUCGAAAAUAUAAAAAUAAUCUCUUUCGACGUGAAAGAUGUCCGCUUCCCGACAUCUCUUGAAGCGCACGGCUCGGAUGCUAUGCACACUGACCCUGACUAUUCUUGCGCCUACGUUACCAUCAAACUCAAGACGGGCCUGGAAGGUCACGGCAUGACCUUUACUUGCGGCAGAGGAACGGAAAUCGUCGUCGAAGCUUGCAAAUCGUUGAGCGACCUCAUCGUGGGUCAAGUGGUCAGCGAUAUUUAUAAAGAUUUUGCCGGCUUUUGGAGGAGUUUGACCAGUGAGAGUCAACUGAGGUGGAUCGGACCGGAAAAAGGGGUAAUACACCUUGCCACAGCUGCGAUCAUUAACGCCCUAUGGGACCUUUGGGGGAAACUACUUAAUAAGCCAGUAUGGCAACUUUUGGCCGAUUUGGAACCCGAACAGCUGGUUUCGACUAUAGAUUUCCGGUAUUUGUCAAAUGUUAUAACGAAGGAAGAAGCAAUCGAGUUGUUGAGAAGAGGCAGAGUGGGGAAGGAAGAAAGGAUGAACCAAUUGUUAGCUCUAGGAUACCCCGCCUACACCACACAAGCCGGUUGGUUGGGGUACACUGACGAAACAAUUUACGACCUCGCUAACAAAUACAUGGAGCAAGGAUUUAACGCAUUUAAAGUUAAAGUUGGGAAAAACUUAUUCCAAGACAUUAAACGAUUGGAACUGAUCCGGAAUAUCAUCGGUUGGGAUCGCAUUUUGAUGGUCGAUGCGAACCAAAUCUGGGAAGUACAGGAGGCUAUUGAUUGGAUGAAACAAUUAGCACACUUUAAAAUUUUAUGGAUUGAGGAACCUACAUCCCCUGAUGACGUCUUAGGCCAUGCCGAAAUCGCCAAAGCUUUAAAACCGCUAGGAAUCGGAGUUGCAACCGGCGAAAUGUGCUGCAACCGAGUUCUCUUCAAGCAAUUCUUACAGGCCAAUGCCUUAGAAUAUUGCCAAAUCGAUUCGGCACGAAUCGGGGGAGUUAAUGAGAUUUUAAGCGUGUACUUGAUGUGUAAAAAAUUAGGAGUUAAGGUUUGCCCUCACGCUGGCGGUGUCGGAUUAUGCGAAAUGGUCCAACAUUUGCAAAUGUGGGACUAUGUGGCCUUGUCGGGUACCAUGGACGGUAGAUUUAUUGAGUACGUUGACCAACAACACGAGCAAUUUAUCAACCCGACUAUUGUCGAAAAUGCCUGCUAUAUGGCCCCGAGGACUCCUGGUUACAGUACCACGCUAAAACCUGAAGCAAUAAUCAAGUAUGAGUACCCCAAUGGGAGCGAAUGGGAGGAUAUGUUUGCGAAAGGAAUAUUCCGUGAUCCACGAAAACGUAAAUAAAUAUAUUGUUGGUAUCUUAUGAUAAAAAUAAAUCACUAUCAUAAUU